AUGGAUUUGCCAUUUCUCACUCUUCCACACUUUCUCUCUCCUACAGUUAUCAAACCCAAACACUUUCUCCUUCCAUUUCCUUCUAGACAUUUCUCUCGUCCCAUAUCUUAUCCGUUACUUCCUCUCCGACCUUCCGCCCCAGCCCGACCCAACGCCAAAUUCUAUCCAAACCCAGCCGACGAUGACCCGCCGGAAAUAUCCGAAGACACCGCUCACGGUUACUCCAAAUACCAACAAAUCCAAAUUCAAGCCGACCGCGCUCGCCUACUCGAAGAAGAGGAUUUCAAAAAAAACCAAGCCACUUACCUCGCCGCAAUCGCCGACACCGAAGAUGCUCCCGACGAAGCUCCCUCUAUUGAAUCCUCUCAAGACGAUUUGUUCGGUGAAAUCGACAAAGCUAUCGCUCUCAAACGCAAAGAGUUCGUUAAACAAGGUCUUCUCAAACCUAAUCCCGCCAAAAAGGAAAUUGAAGAAGUCGUUAACGAAGAGCUUCAACCCGAUGAAGUCGACGAUGUCGAAGAAAUCGAGCGACUCAAGGGAAUUGCCGUGAAUUCCGACAAAACUCCGGGAGAUUCCACCGAAGAUGGUGAUUUAGGUUCUAAUUCUGAUUCUCCAUUUGAUUUAGAUUUUGAUAGUUUAGAGAAGAGUAAUAAACCUAGAAUAGUUGAACCUAAGUUUACGAUGAGUUUGGCUGAGCUUUUAGAUGAGAGCAAAGUGGUUCCUAUUUUGGUUUAUGGAAAUUUAGAAGUUGAAAUUAGUGGAAUUCAACACGAUUCUAGGCUUGUUACUUCUGGUAAUUUGUUUGUGUGCUGUGUUGGAAGUAAAAACGACGGACACAUGUUCUUGAGUGAGGCCGAUAAAAGAGGAGCUAUUGCUGUUGUGGCUAGUAAAGAGAUUGAUAUGGAAGAUACUUUGGGUUGUAAGGCUUUGGUUAUUGUGGAAGAUACCAAUGCUGUUCUUGCUACAUUGGCUGCAUCGUUUUAUAAGUAUCCUUCUAAAAACAUGGCUCUUAUUGGUAUAACUGGGACUUAUGGUAAAACAACAACUACCUAUUUGGUUAAAAGUAUGUAUGAAGCGAUGGGUUUACGCACUGGGAUGUUUAACUCUAUUUCUUGUUAUGUUCAUGGGGAUAAUCAGUUGGAUUCGCCUUAUGCCAUGCUGGAUGCUGUUUUGGUUCAGAAUUUGAUGGCUAAGAUGCUUCAUAAUGGAACUGAAUCUGUGGUUUUUGAGGCUUCUUCUUGUGGGUUAGCGCAGGGGAAAUAUGAUGAGAUUGAUUUUGAUGUUGCUGUUUUUACGAAUUUGAUGGCUGGUGAUGAUGAGGAAGAGGAUAGAGAUUCAAAUGCUAAGCUAUUUUCAAGGAUGGUGGAUCCUGAGCGGCAUAGAAAAGUUGUUAACAUAGAUGAUCCGAAUGCGUCUUCGUUCGUUUCAUUGGGGAGUCCUGAAGUUCCUGUUGUGACAUUUGCUUUGGAGAAUAAAAAUGCAGAUGUUCAUCCCUUGAAAUUUGAACUCUCCCUGUUUGAGACACAGGUGUUGGUUAAUACACCGUCUGGAAUACUGGAAAUUUCGUCCGGUUUACUAGGAAAGCACAAUGUUUACAACAUUCUUGCUGCUGUGGCAGUUGGCAUUGCUGUUGGGGCACCCUUAGAGGACAUUGUUAGAGGGAUUGAAGAGGUUGAUGCGGUUCCUGGGAGGUGUGAGUUGAUUGAUGAGGAGCAAGCAUUUGGGGUAAUAGUGGACUAUGCUCGAACUCCUGAUGCUUUGUCUAGAUUACUUGAUUCUGUAAGAGAGCUUCAACCUCGCAGGAUUAUAACUGUGAUCGGUUCUUGUGGCGAGGAUGAAAGGGGGAAGAGACCCUUGUUGACAAAGAUAGCAACAGAUAAAAGUGAAGUGACCAUGCUAACAUCUGACAAUCCCAGGAGUGAAGAUCCAUUGGAUAUUUUGGAUGAUAUGCUGGCUGGGGUAGGAUGGUCAAUGCAAGAGUACCUGAAAUAUGGGGAUAAUGAUUACUAUCCUCCUCUUCCUAAUGGUCAUAGGCUUUUUCUCCAUGACAUUAGAAAGGUAGCUGUGCGAGCUGCAGUGGCAAUGGGGGAGGAGGGUGACGUUGUUGUGAUUGCUGGUAAAGGCCAUGAAACAUAUCAAAUAGAAGGUGAAAAAAGAGAUUUCUUUGAUGACCGAGACGAGUGCAGGGAGGCAUUGCAGUAUGUUGACGAUCUUCACCAAGCUGGAAUAGAUACAAGCGAAUUUCCAUGGCGGUUACCAGAGAGCCACUGA